AUGUUGAAUCACGCCGCUGAAAGCAUUGGCAAUCGGAGGUCAGCCUGUGACAGAUGCCGACGUCACAAGCUGCGUUGUGAAAAAGGGGAUACAGCGCGCUGUCGCCGAUGCGAGAAGGCUGACGCGCAAUGUGUCAUGGGCCCUGCGCUCAAGUCUGGUCGUCCCACGCAGAUACUCAAUGAUCCUCAGCAACAGGUGUUUUUUGCUCCGAGGGAGCAUUCAAUUCUUGGCUUCCCAGCGGAUGCCGUGCCAGAUGCGUCAAUGCUGCAGCCUAUUUAUCUAGACACACCUUCCGAUGUCCCUAGCAUUGGAGCAGGUCCAGAAAUGCACCGUCUAAUGUCACCCGCCAACAUUGAUGACUUUAACGAUAUCUGGUCCCCUUCAUUUGGCCAGGGUCUAUUUCCAGUUACCGUGCAUGAACAGGUGCCGGUCACUCCACCCUCGGAGCCACGCAACGAAGUUCUGGAAAAGUUGGCCGGCCUCCAAGCGAACAUUCUUGCUGACCUUGAGGCCGUGAAGCAUUGCAGAACAGCCGAUAAAUGCCCCGAGGCUGUAAACCCAACUGAUUCUAUCACCGGCCAGAAUGCCAUGGUCGGUCGCAUGCUAGAUCACUCCACGGCCCUCCUCGAUGUUCUAAAUUGCUUCCAGCCGAUCUGUGCGGACGCCGACGUCUUCGAGCUAUCAUGCGAGAUCCCGACAAUGACCAUGCUUCUUUCGUGCUAUGUGUGCCUAGUCCGCAUCUAUCGAACUAUCUUUUCAUGUAUUCUAGACUCCUUGCCGUUCCUAUUGGGUGUUCAGCACCCGAUUCCCCAGUUAUUCCCCGGCAUGCAUCUCGGCGGAUUUAAGCUGGAGGCUCGGGUCGAUCUUCAGGUACAGAUCCUGGUUCGAGUCAGUGAGGGUAUGCUGAAGAAUAUCGAAACCAGAUUUGGUCUCCCAGGUAGUGGCUCUGCAACUGGAGAGGAAACGUCCCGGCUCGGGAAAGCUGCUCGGCUGUUACAAAUAAUGCUGGAAGAGGAAGCCAGCGAACAGCCUCAAUUAUACAACCCCCGAGGUCAUUGCCAGCCUCUGAAAGAGAUCCUCGCCAGCCUCCGGGACAUGGAUCAUGAAUGCCAAGCUUGA